AUGAUAUUUUCUACAGGUGCAACCAAUCGGCUCGGCUCAGUUGAUGAAGGAAAUACCGUGUCGGAUUAUACAGAUGCAGAGAUUGCGCGCAAAAUCUCUAUCAGUACAUCCAUGUUGCACUGCGAUUGGAAGGGCAGCAAAGUGAAUAUUUUGGAUGUUCCGGGUUAUGCCGACUUUAUUGGCGAUGCAAAAACCGCGGUUUGGGCAUCUGAUAUUGCCCUUACGCUGGUCAAUGCGACCAGUGGUGUAGAGAUUGGAACAGAUAAAGCCUUUGGUUUUGCCAGUGAAUUUAAUCGUGCAACUGUGUUUUUAAUCAAUCACGUCGAUAGAGAAUUUGCCGAUUGCGAUGGUGCGUUUUCAGCAAUUCAGGAGCAUUUUGGAAGCGAGGCUAUUCCCUUUCAGAUUCCGGUCAAUGCCGGCGAAGGGUUUAAUCAGAUCAUCGAUGUUUUGCAGAUGAAAUUGAUAACCUAUACCGAUGGCAAAGCUGAAGCUUCGGACAUUCCCGAGGAAUGGCAAGAUCAGGCCGAGAACUUGAGGGAACAGGUGGUUGAAGGGGCUGCCGAAAGUGACGACGACUUGAUCGAGCGCUAUUUUGAAGAAGGGGAAUUGACAGACGAAGAGAUCGCACAAGGGUUAAAAAUUGGGAUGGUCAACCGCACUUUAUUUCCCAUUUUUGUGAGUGCUGCCAGCAAAAAUAUUGGUGUUGACUUAUUGCUCGAUUUUUUAUCUAUCUUCGCACCCGGUCCGCUUGAUUUGCCGAUUCCUACAGCAUUUAAAGAAGGGUCUGAAGAAGAAGUGGCGCUUGCCGUAAACGAUGAUGGCCCUUUGGCUGCCGUGGUGUUCAAAACGAUUUCCGAGUCUGUUGGUGAUCUGUCAUUUUUGCGCGUGUAUUCUGGCAGUAUUACAUCUGGCGAAGACGUAUUUAAUCCCAAUCGCCGAACCAAUGAGCGCAUCGGCCAAAUUUAUUCGAUGAGUGGUGGAAAGCGCGUCGAUAUGGACGUUGUGGGCGCGGGGGAUAUUGGUGCAUUGAUCAAGCUAAAGGACACGCAUACGGGCAAUACCCUUUGCAACAGAAACGCGCGCUUGCAAAUUCAGCCUAUCGAAUUUCCACAUCCUUUAAUUCGCGUGGCCGUCACCGCCAGGUCGCGGGGCGACGAAGACAAAAUUAGCGCGGGAUUGCACAGCAUUCACGAAGAAGACCCGAGCUUUGUCGCCGGGUAUGACGCGGAAUUGCGGCAGAUUAUUGCUCAGGGACAGGGCGAGUUACAUUUGACGGUUGUGUUUGACAAGUUGAAGAGCAAGUUCGGCGUGGAAGUAGAAGUGGUCGAACCGCGAAUACCGUACCGGGAGACCAUUCAAUCGCGUUCAGAAGCUCAGUAUCGGCACAGAAAACAAAGUGGUGGACGCGGUCAAUAUGGCGAAGCUUAUUUGCGCCUUGCGCCCAAGCAGCGCGGUGAUGGCUUUGAGUUUUUAGACGAGGUUGUAGGCGGUUCGAUUCCCGGAAAAUAUAUUCCGGCUGUUGAAAAAGGUGUUGUGGAGGCUAUGCAACGCGGUGUGCUCGCCGGAUAUCCCAUUGUCGAUACACAGGUCACGGUUUACGAUGGGUCCUUCCAUCAGGUUGACUCUUCUGAUAUGGCUUUUAAACUGGCCGGUUCCUUCGCAUUUCAAAAUGCAUUUAUAGAUGCCAAACCCAUUUUGUUAGAACCCAUUUAUAAAGUUAGCGUCGUUGUUCCCGAUUCCUAUAUGGGAGAUGUGAUGGCCGAUCUAAACGGGCGACGCGGGCGUAUUCAAGGCAUGGAUCCCGAAGGCAAUGUCCAGGUUAUUCACGCCGAAGUCCCCCUGGCCGAUCUUUACAAAUAUUCAACUUCUCUUCGUUCUAUGACGCAGGGCACAGGCGAUUAUACCAUGGCGUUUUCCCACUACGAGCCUGUCCCUCACGAUGUGACACAAAAAGUCAUUGAGGCUUCCGAACACGAUCGCGAAUUGGUCGAAGCAUGA